AUAAAACAAGGCGUUGCCGUUGAUUGGCCAACAGCACGGCAGGUAACAACACUCACCUGGGCUAAGUGCGAUUUGCCUUGUGUAUCUAACAUUGUAUAGCAAUCAAUAAAGAACAAGCCCGAGGAGUAUGAGAAAGAAGAAUGACAACAGUACUUUUAUUUGAUAUUAAUUUUUACUGAUUGUAAGUUUUAGUUGUAUGUUAUAUAAAUUUAAUAAUAAUAGCAUUACAGUUUACAAUCAGUAGUGAUCAGUAGUGAGUUGGCAGGUGCAAUUUAGGAUUUACUUUAGUAAUUUUUAGUGUAAGUCUGUAGUUUGUGAGUGUAAAGAAAGAAAAAUGAAGACAUCAACUCAAGACGUCCAAGUUCAACAUUCAACUCAGCCUCAGCCCUUUUUACUUAGUUUAGCACUGUAGCUGAAGACGAAGUCAAUAAUGAGAACUCUCACAACAAAGUAGUAGGCUAAAUUUGAUGAAAAAACUAAAAUAAGGCAUGUUGCAUUUUAAUUAAUAAAAUGAUUAAUUUAAUAAUUACAUUAUUAAUAUAUACUAAUAUUAAUAUACCAUACCGUUACAUUUAAUAUACCCACUAAAUAUAAGCCAGCCAACAAAUUGUUAGGCUAUGUUAGUUUAUAGUAUAGGCAUAAUAAUAUAGGCCUAUAAUCCUAUAAUUAUAAAAAUUAUAAUUCAGUUGUUAUACUAAUUAGAAUUAGAGAUCAAUUAAUGCUAAUAGGCUAAGUAUAGCCAUGGCUAAUAUUUGUUUUUAUUAAAUAUAAUAAUAUAUUUAAUAUAAUAUAUACUAAAUUGCCAUGUCCAUUCCUUACGCAGACAUGACAUAGUCUAAUUAAAUUAAUAUGUGUAGUAGCCUAGGCCCUAGUCAACUCACCCCCCCCCUUCUUUUUUUAACCUUACAAAACACACACAUUGUCAAUUGUCACCUCAUGUAUGCUAGUAAUUAGUUUUUGUAGUGUUGCGUUUGUUUUAAAUGUGGUAAAUUAUAGAUUUGUAUUUUGUUGACUUUGUACCGCGCUUCGAGCCUUAGGGGAUGAAGCGUGUUUUUGAAAUGAACUUUAUUAUUAUUAUUAUUAUUAUUUAUUUGUGUUAUAUGUUAUAUAUAAUAUAACAACUCCGAAAGUGUCACCCCACCCUCCUCCACUAUCAUGCCCUAUCUAUGCCAAAGCUACUACUACUGUCUAUUUUGUCUGUCUGUAUAGGCUAUAGGCCUACUGUAACUCACUUACUCUCAAAACUAAAACAUGUAUCCUACUACUAGUAGCAUUCUAACGUAAAGCUAUAAGUUAUAAGCAGGGCUUGAAAUCAUUGGUACAUCUUGACAAUCAUAAAUAUUUAACAAUUUAUUGUUGGCUGUGACUAUUCGCACCCGGGUAUCAGAAGUGAGAGGUUGGGAUUAAAAAACUAUUUCAAAUAUUAUUGUUGGGUUUGUAAGACAAAAAUGAGGUAUCAAAUGAAAGAUAAUUAAAUGGACUAUAUGUUUGUAAACUUACUUCUUCAGUUUAAUUAAAAUAAAAUACCACAAAUGACAUCCGAAAGGGAUUUAGUCUAAAGGGACUCGGGUCCGAAUAGUGGCUAUGCGUAAACAAUUAACAUGAUUUAUUCCAAUGAAUUAUUAAUAAAUAAAUGCUAAUUCUCUUUUCUUGUCUGUUUUAGAAAAUGAUUUUCACUUUUUGAUUCAUUCUUAAAUUAUUUGCAGCAGUUCAAUUAGGGGCAUUUUCAACAAGAAAAAGUUACAAUGGCUCUCAUUCAUCGUCGAUUGAUAGGACUUUCAGCUUUUGUUGCCGUUAUUGGAGUGGGUCUAAUAGUUGCAGCUUUUGCAACUGAUCAUUGGAUCAAUUCAUCUCCUGUAUCUGUAAACAAUGGAACAACUAACGUCAAUGCCACAGGAGGCUCACUAACUGGUCACACUGCCAAUAUAACUUUUGGUUUGUUUACAGGAUUAAAAAAAAUAGAUUUUGGACUUGGAAUUCGUGAAUCCAAUCUCAUGAGUAAGUAAAUUAUUUAAAUUUAACUCUUUGUAUAUCUAUAUAUUCUAAACCAAUGUUUUAUGAAGCUAUUCACCUCAAAAUAUUAUUACAUACAGUUCAAAAAUAUUUAACCACUUGAUAAGUGUUUGAAUUUACUGACUUAGUUUGCAUUAUACAAAUUAGUUUGCAUUACUUCUUUAUCUGAUAACUCUAUAUAUUUUGUUGACCUGAUUCAUGUUUAUAUUUUUUCAUACUUGCUAAAAAAAAAAGAUUUUUGUUGUUGUUGCAAAUCACAACAGUAUGAUCAAAUUAAGGGAUCUUGCUAAAUUUGCUUAAAUAAUUUUUUUGUCUGAAAAAGUCAAAUGUGACCAAGGAGCUUGUAUUUACGCUGGUUCUGGAAAAGAUGAGAUUGAGACUCCUGAGGAGCAACUUGCUAGCAUCUUACGACAAUACAAAAAUCAGUCUAACCUUGGUAUGUCAUUUUUUCCCCUUCACUUAAUACUGCUUAAAUAUAUAUGCCAUGUGAAGCAAAGAGAAAUUUAAUGAAUGCGUUGCUUAUAUUUAAAAAAAAUGUUGUUUUGUUUCAUUUGUUUUGGUUAAAUUCUUUUGCACAUGAAAUUGGGUGUUGUGACAUCAACUUCAUGAUUAAAGUGCUAUUGCUAUGACUUAUUUUCAAGAGGGAUAAUUAAUUUUCAGUAUAUUUUUUUCUUUGCUUACAUAUACUGAUUUGUUUCUUUAAAUUUUCUUUGCAAACAAUAUUUUGUAAAAGCAUGAUGAUGUUGCACUCAUUUGGGGAAAUGUUGGGAAAAAGAAACUAUUAAUUGACAGACACAAGUUACAUACACAAACAUUCUGAGCAGUAAAGGUCCUUGGGUUCUUGAACUGGCAUUUACCUACCAGAAUUAGUAUUUUGAGUAAUUUUUAUAUCAAAGAAGUGAUGUUCUAGUGAAAAUACAAAAUUAAGAAAUGUUAAACAAUAGUAAGUUGUCAACAUUUUUGGGGGUACUUUUAAAGAAUAUCAUAAGAUGAUUUUUUAAAUUUUUUUAUUUUUUUUAAAGAAUAAUUUUCCAUCCUUUUAACUAUUGAAGAUAUGAUCACAGAGGUAAGAAUACAGGUAUGCAUACAAUAUUUCAUAAUUUUUUAUACAUGUUACACCAUGUAUACCCAGUAUCUUACACCAGGGGUCAACAACCUUUUGGUAUUAGCAUGCGAAAGUAAUACUUCUCAUUCAUUGUGCCAAUAAAUUUACCAUUUAAAACACACAUUUUAUACUUAAUUUUUUUGGUCUUCUGUGUGCCAAUCAAAAUCGCUAUGCCUGCCAGGUCUGGCAUGAGUGUUAUAGGUUGUUGACUCCUGUCUUACACCACGUAUACGAUGAAAUAAAGACUCAUAUGUUAGAUUUAUUUUUCGCUUAUAACUCUUUAACAUGCAUACUCUGUUUAUUGUACUAAUCUUUCUACUGACAAAUUAGGUAAAUUCAAUUUCUCUUAUACUCUGUUGUUUAUUUUUUCUGUUGAAAAGGCUUUUGGCCCAAUCGUUCAGUUGAUUGUCCUGUUUUUUUUUUCCCUUUCAAGUUUUAACAAAUCCAUUUGAACUAUUUCCUUGUAGUUUAUGAGUCAUCAGAAUAUAGAUACUUGUGCCAAAAUAACUAAAGCCUUCCAGAUAAGAGUAGAAUUUUUCUUCUUCUGCUUUUUUUUUUCUUCUUAUGCUUUGUUAUCUCUAAGUUAAUGGGAAAAGAAAUGUCAGAUUAGAACACUCGCUAAGUGCUUCAUGGUAAAAAUUCUGUGUGAAGACAUUUUGGAGUCAGUACACCACAUACCUUUGGUUGCGUGGGUCAAUGUAACACGGAACUGAAGGGAUUUAGGACUACCCAUUUUUAGAAACAUUGUAUCCCCUGAUGGAAACUUACCAGUGUGUGUGUAUACACAGUGUUGACCUCAUUUUUUUUCAGUUUGGUGGAGCGGCGGACAAGAUUUUAAAAUGCACCAGGGAUCAGUUUUUUGUAAUUUUUAUUAUUUUCAUUUGACCAUAAAUAUUCACUUUGUACUGACAGGCACAGUAUGGCUCUGGGACCGUUCUGCAGGCACCACUUUGGGAAUCACUGUACAUCCUCACUCCCUAUUCUUUCUUUCUUUCUUUCUUUCUUUCUUUCUUUCUUUCUUUCUUUCUUUCUUUCUUUCUUUCUUUCUUUCUUUCUUUCUUUCUUUCUUUCUUUCUUUCUUUCUUUCUUUCUUUCUUUCAUUCUCUCUCUUUCUUUCUUUCUUUCUUUCUUUCUUUCUUCCUUUCUUUCUUUCUUUCUUUCUUUCUUUCUUUCUUUCUUUCUUCUGUUCCUCCAUAUCUCGUUUAGAAUGAAGACUUCAGGGAAAUUAAAGGGUUUUAAACAAAUAAAUGGAUACAUCACGUGCAUGAGUUCAUUUAUACAUUGGGGGGUGGGGUUGUUUGGCGGUUUGAUUAGGCGUGGUUUAUGUAAAGAUAAUAAUCUUUUGAUCCUGUACCGUACAAGUUCCAUUUUUAAGUCAACUUAACAAAGGCAUGUACAUUGUUAAAUCACAAAAUCAUUAUUCCACUCCUCAGCUUUGUGUUUUGUAGAUAUAUAACUUAAAACACGAGAAUGCCAAUUUAAGGCUUAACCAGUAGAAUUGUAUUUUUUGUUCAUGCUUUGUACAACUGUUUCAGACCACCAACAUAAUGCUUUGUCCGAGGGGGGGGGGUGGUUUCAGACGGCAUGUGCCUUCAUCCCCACUCCUGUGCACAUUCAAAAUAAGAAUUUUUUCAAAAUGAGGCUUCAAAAAACAAAAACAAUUUUUGCUUAUUUGUUUGUGUAUCUGUAAACAGAUAAUUGUACUCUUGUCAAGAAAAAUUUAGAAGGAAAACAAAACAUGUUAUUGGGAUGCAAAUACGGGUUAACACUGCACCUGGAGAUGUCACAUCAAUUCCCCUGCACUUACUGCACAAGAAAAUUUCGUCCCAGAUUAGGGGUCUCAUCAGCCAUCUGCGCACCCGAAGCCAAGUUCAGAACUAGCACAAAUAAAAAGAUUAAAGUGGCCAUGGUCGAUUUUGACGAACUACAUACGACCGUACCCGGAAAUUUGUUUGAAAGAAAUUUCUUCGACGGAAAAUUGAUCGACGGAAAUUUGAUCAAACAGAAACUUGGUCGAAUCUUUUUUGCAGUAUUGUGUUACUGUUUUAAUAUAUAGUGAAGUGCGUUCAAAAAGAAAUUUGACGAAAAUUGGGAUCUUCAGAGCAGUCUUGUCACUAUGCUAGUGCACAUCACUGGGUCAUCAUCAUGUAACACUAACCAUGUCUAAAAAUUAAUAUGCGAAAUAAAAAUAAUUGUACUCUGCAGUUCAAUUCAAGUUGACCAAAUAUCGGGUGGUGGCCACCGCCUUCAUUGUCCUCGGGUGCUAAAAGACUCCCGGUUAACAUUUUUAAAACCGUCGUAGUCGCCUAGUGGUGGAGUUUCUUCAAAAUGUCAUUAGCCGGUCAACCCUCUGCCUCAUACGUCAAUCAAAACCUUUGUCCCGUCGGAGUGCAAUAUCGUGUACUGCCACCGACUGUGAAGGAUCAGAUCGUCAUUAUCGACCCACUCAACAUCGAGGUUUUCAUUCAGUUGUCUCGUGGGGCCACGCAAUCCUAUCAUCACCUCUUUUUUUUUGUAUCUAACUUUAUUUAAUGACAAUAUUUUUACUUGGCACUUUCACGCACACGUUGCGUAUUUUUAUUUAAAUAUCUUAUUUUUUUUCGAAAACUAAUUCUGGCUGACCUUAUGAAAUCAAUGUUAUGUUAUUGACCAGUCUUUAAUUUAAUACUUUCUUUUAUUGUUAUGAGAUGUUAUAUUAAGUUCGAAUAACUUAACAGAGUAAUACACAUACGCUUUAAAGGUCUCGACGUUCUCUCCCUUUGCUUACCGAGUCCCACCUUCCGCGAAGCUUCAGUAAUCUCUCAUGAACCGGUAGAGCACUAUAGAACCCCUUUGGUGUUUAAUAAUGUACAUGGUUUCCAAUACGUUGAGAAUCUGCUUUGGGGGCCGUCACAAAAGUACGUCACGCAAUUUUUGGAUAAUCCCCCGCCCCUUCCCGGCCCUGUGACAAUCGGACACAAAUCUCGUACCCCCCCCCCCCCCCCCCCCCCCCCCCCCCCCCCCCCCCCCCCCCCCCCCCCCCCCCCCAAUUGGCCCUACCCUCCCAAAGUACGUCAAGCUUUCGAACAAAAACUGGGCACAAAAUAAACAACUAAUUUUAUUUAAAUUUAAAACACACUUAAAUAGUAAACUAUCUCAUUUAUAAAAGUGAUAACUUGUCAGAAUACAUCCGUCACAACAGAAAGUUCACCACUGUCAAUAUCAACUUUUCAUGAGGGAAACACAAAGGGGGGGAAGUAACAUGUGUGGCAUUCCAUGUGAUCUACACCCCUCUUCCCCGGUCACAAACUGUCACCCUUUCUUAGGGACCCCCGCACUCCCCUCCCCUCCUCAUCGUUUAUGGACGGCCUCUUGCCUGCAUGUCGAGAUUCACUGACUCCAUAAAAACAACAAAACAAAACAAAUGACCAAUCAAUAGUACGUCAACGGAAGGAGUUCGUUUUGGUUGAGUUCAUAGUCCAAGGCGGUCUUCAUUUGAGAGUAGAUUCCCCUUAGAAUGGUCAGAAAUACCGGCAGUGAACUUGACAUUUUUCUUAAUAAGGCACUUGAUGACUGGAUGUCUUCGAGAUUUGUCUCUCAGUGCCGAAUUCUGGACAGAGAAAGGAAAGGGGGGGAGGGAGGAGGGAGGUACCAUAGAGGGGCGUCAUUUUCGAUCAAAUGCAUUUUUGUUACUUGGUUGUUUUUUUUUCGUUAAUGGCGGCGGUAAAAAUGUUGACGCUCUCCUGGUGGCAACAACCUUAGCUACGCCACCGAGUGUAACUUAAAACAGCCUCCCCACCCUUAGCUACGCCACCGAGUGUAGCUUAAAACAGCCUCCCCACCCUUAGCUACGCCACCGAGUGUAGCUUAAAACAGCCUCCCCACCCUUAGCUACGCCACCGAGUGUAGCUUAAAACAGCCUCCCCACCCUUAGCUACGCCACCGAGUGUAGCUUAAAACAGCCUCCCCAACCUUAGCUACGCCACCGAGUGUAACUUAAAACAGCCUCCCCACCCUCCCUCCCUCAGCAACCAACACGCCUCGUGCCGUAGGUUACAAGUGCAUAGUUCAUUUAUUCCCGAACGGCUGAGAUACGAUCUGUUUGCGAAAUAAAGGUGGAGAUGGCUCAGAAGCUUAAUGAUGUGUACCUGGUGAACCGUAUCUGUAUUUGUUGAUAGGAUCUAUAUUUUAGAAACAAUGGGCCUAGUCUUAGUCCAAAUCUUUAGUAUGUGAGGCCUAUAUUUUAGUAUUUGAAAGAAAUGAUGGGCCUAGACUUAAUCCCAAUCUUUAUUGUGUAGAGGCUAUAUUUUAGAAAUAAUGGGCCUAGACGUAACGACUGCCUUUAUUUCAUAGGGCCUGUAUUUUAAAAUUAAUUGGCUUAGACUUAGUCUCAGUCUUUACUUGAUAGGGCCUUAAUUUUAGAAGGGUGGGGCGUAAUUUUUUAUUUUUUUUUAGCUACUUUGGGCUAAGUCUUCAGCUCAGUCUUUGACAGGCAAAAGUGGGUCAUGGAAGUUAAUGAAAUGUCUCGCCUGACGUUGACACGGUGCACCCCAAAGGUUGAAUAAUUAUAUGGACGCCAGCUACUCAUGUGCAGUCGUAUACUAUAAGGUACUUAAAAACAACAGUAAAAAUCAUCGACCUACACAAAGUAUAUAAGGUUGCAUUUGUUUAUCAUCUCACAGAUGAUUGGGGUAAUGGUGAACAAAACUACACCAACAACGUGAUCAUCUCAUAGAUGAUUGUGAUGAUGGUGAUAGAUGAUUGUGAUGCUGGUGAUACUACACCAACAAUGUGAUCAUCAGAUGAUUGUGAUGAUGGUGAUACUGCACCAACAACGUGAUCAUCUCAUAGAUGAUUGGAGUGAUGGUGAUCUACACCAACAACGUGAUCAUCUCAUAGAUGAUUGGAGUGAUGGUGAUACUGCACCAACAACGUGAUCAUCUCAUAGAUGAUUGGAGUGAUGGUGAUCUACACCAACAACGUGAUCAUCUCAUAGAUGAUUGGAGUGAUGGUGAUACUGCACCAACAACGUGAUCAUCUCAUAGAUGAUUGGAGUGAUGGUGAUCUACACCAACAACGUGAUCAUCUCAUAGAUGAUUGGAGUGAUGGUGAUACUGCACCAACAACGUGAUCAUCUCAUAGAUGAUUGGAGUGAUGGUGAUCUACACCAACAACGUGAUCAUCUCAUAGAUGAUUGGAGUGAUGGUGAUACUGCACCAACAACGUGAUCAUCUCAUAGAUGAUUGGAGUGAUGGUGAUCUACACCAACAACGUGAUCAUCUCAUAGAUGAUUGGAGUGAUGGUGAUACUGCACCAACAACGUGAUCAUCUCAUAGAUGAUUGGAGUGAUGGUGAUACUGCACCAACAACGUGAUCAUCUCAUAGAUGAUUGGAGUGAUGGUGAUACUGCACCAACAACGUGAUCAUCUCAUAGAUGAUUGGAGUGAUGGUGAUACUGCACCAACAACGUGAUCUAAUGAGAUAUUUUGAAUUGUGCUGAAAAAAACGUUUCAAUAAAGAGAACAUUUGUCCGGUGUUUGUUAACACCUGUGUGUCACCCAAAGCAUCGAGGCGUGUCACUUAAGGUGUGGUGACGUGUCACCUGUGGCACGCCUCUGCUGUCUCCGCCAUCACUCCUUCCUCUGGUACGUUAUGAGUGUCAUUGAAGCCGCCAUGUUGAUCGUAGGGGCAAUCGUCUUUAUUUCAGCACUGCCGACACGAUACUUAAGAUUUUCCUGUCUGAACUCUGGAUUGCAUGUACAUACAACCACAGGGGUCCUCUAAACAAAAUCAAACUUUAUUCUUGAUAAAUGGCUCCAGUCUGUCUGUAUUGACCGACCUUGGCCCACGGGAAGAUCCCCAUAUUAUGUUAAAUCGUUGUCAUCUACCAAUGUGCUCCCCGAACACUAUUUGCAGGGAGAUAACAUUCUACUGGACCCAAACUUUUCAGACACAGAGUCGUGAAGUGGUCAGUGUGCCCCAACCCUAGAACCCCUGUGGUAGGACGUUAUCAUGACAGCAACCCCUUGAUUGGUUAAAAGCGCGGCAACCCGGAAGUAUUAUGACCGAUAACUUAAUUGAAAAUCGAAUACCCUCGAAGGACACGCGUAGUUCUGUGUAGUGAUGGUGUCAUAAUUAUUGUAAUACACACACACACACACACACACACAAAGGUAUGUCUGUGUGUGAAUUACGCGCAGAUCGUCUUGAAACUCACGCCAAUGAACGUACCGGGUACUGGAUUUGAGCUAGAGGAACGGAAGAAUGAAUCGAAACUCGAUUGAAUAUGUUAAAGCUUGUUGUUUAUAAUAUUUUUUUUUGUUUUUGUUUCCUCCAGUUACACAAGGGUGUAUCAGUUACACAAGGGUGUAUCAGUUACACAAGGGUGUAUCAGUUACACAAGGGUGUAUCAGUUACACAAGGGUGUAUCAGUUACACAAGGGUGUAUCAGUUACACAAGGGUGUAUUGUUACCAAAGGGUGUAUCAGUUACACAAGGGUGUAUCAGUUACACAAGGGUGUAUUGUAGAGCAUGGAAGGUCUAGUAAGUCGUGCACUUCACGAACUGUGCAGUGUUGCACGACACACAUCCUGCAUUGGUUAUAGCCCGCCAAACAAUGAUGACGGCUAUGUGUCCACUUCCCAUCCAGUCAAGUUACUUGACAAAACAUGCGUUCACGUUGCUAGCUUUAUAAGAGUCCCAAAUGGUGCUGACCGCCUUAAGGUACGCCACCGCAAACUUUUUUUCCCACGCCCCUGAACUAUAUUAAUAUUCUGAUGCACCACCCCCUUAUGCAUCGCAUGCUUAUUAGAAAAGUAUUGAAAUUGAGACUAUAUCGGUACCGGUAAAACCAAAGAAAUAUUGCGCACCAAACGCACUUGCGGUAUUAUUUUUAAAAGAAUCUCAUUUAGCGCAGUUGUCGGGAAUUUCAUUGUGCGCGCUAAUGAGCUCACUAUUAAACCAGUCAUUCAUACCUAGAGAAUUGUGUGCAUUUCUGUCUCAGAGGUGACGUUUUAGCUUAUUGUUUAAUAAAGGAAAACACAAUUUAAAGAGAGCGCUGCCAAAAUGUGAUGACUGAAGUAUUAGAUUUCUAUGUUACAGGAUGGGAAGUUAUGGUAGAAUCAAGGAAUUUGUGUCAUGUGUCCCGGCACGUACCGCCUUCUCCCAACACACACAUCCCGCCCAACACACACACAUCCCGCCCAACACACACACAUCCCGCCCAACACACACACAUCCCGCCCAACACACACACACCUCGCAAACACACACACACCCCGCCCAACACACACACCCGGAUAUAAUGAGAGGUCAGAUCAUGUGUCUAGAGUAGAAAAAAGUUGAUUCUUGUUGCUUCACUCUAAGUCUGUCUGACACAGGCGGCGCAUUUGUUUGUUUGCAAUCAUCGCCAUUGCAUUUCAUAACGGUUGGGGGUUGUUGUGGGGGGAAACAUGUUAAAAACGGAGACAGAAGAAAUUGUGUACGGUAUUCAUUGACGCAGUGGUGUAGCGAAAAGGGGGUGAGGGCAGGAGGAGACAGACGUCCCCCAGGCUCCAGAACAUUUAGGAGUGCCAAAAUGGGCUUUGGUGGUAUUUUUUAAGGAAAAUAAUGAGUUUCAGAGUUGUAAGGGGCGUAACAAUGAAUCGUGUCCACUGGCGCCAAAAGCUCUAGCUGCACCUCUGCAAUGACGGUCAGUUACUGACACAAUAGGAAUAGUGUUUUCAUGGAUGGUCCUAUGCCUAUGCUGUUAUUUUAGUCGAGCAGCACACCGACAGAUUACAUAUAAUGGUCUUAUCGCUGUUAUUCAAACUUGGAUAAAACAAAAGGGAGAUAACAGGGAUCGUGCCCCGCCCCCCCCCUUUUUUUUUUCAGGGUAAGGGGGUAAAACUAGGGGUUGCAAGAAUCGCACGUUCCGAGUGUAAACAUCUCAACAUUAGCACGGUCUCUUAUCUUCUUGUCGGCCUAAGCUAUAGACGAGUUCCUAUGCUUAAUAUGUGAUGUGCAUUCUAACAACAGCUACACUGCCACACAAAGAUCGUGCGAUCGGAAACAGUGAUUCACAAACUUUUUUUUUUUUUUUUCAGGAGGUACACAGAAAUUUUAACACACACUAUAUCAAACUAUAUUCAGUUUAAGAAAAUGAUUUGAUAUUGAUUUCUAUAUUAAUAAUAGUGCAUCUUAUUUUCCUAUUUUACAGCUUGUUAGUUCAAACUGCUUAUCUAACUCUAACAUUUUGUUUUAAGGUGCAUCUUUUUAAAUUGCAUCAAUUUUCGAAAAAUAAAGAUGUAGUUCAUCCUUAAAUUCAUUAAACACCCGCAUACUUCUGUACUACAGUCGACACGCUUGACUACAUUACAGCUUGCUAUUAGUCUGUUAUUUCUAUUGCAAUAUCUGUCAAGUAUGCUUUUAUAUAUUAAAAAAUGUGAUACUAACGUAGACUUGUAAGUAUGUCCAUCCGUCUGUCCCACACCCCCCCCCCCUUUUUUUUUCUUCUUCAACCUUGUUUUCUCUCCCGGUCCGAUUUGUUCAAACUGACCUUGUUAUUGCCAGUCAGCGGGGAACAAUGAUAAUAAUUGCUAGCGGUAGAUAGUCUGUUAUUUCUAUUGCAAUAUCUGUCAAGUAUGCUUUUAUAUAUUAAAAAAUGUGAUACUAACGUAGACUUGUAAGUAUGUCCAUCCGUCUGUCCCACCCCCCCCCCCCCUUUUUUUUUCUUCUUCAACCUUGUUUUCUCUCCCGGUCCGAUUUGUUCAAACUGACCUUGUUAUUGCCAGUCAGCGGGGAACAAUGAUAAUAAUUGCUAGCGGUAGCAAACCGUUGACCGACUGGGAAGAACGCAAAGCUUGGUUCCCAACCUCCCCCCCCUUUUUUUUUAAUGCAAACUUAAAACGGUAUUUCUUUACUACUUGUAUUGUUCUACUAGUGGAAUAUGUCACGGGAGCGAUUUAGACUGGUGAACUAUGUCACGUGCGCGAUGUGGACUGGUGAACUAUGUCACGUGCGCGAUGUGGACUGGUGAACUAUGUCACGUGGGCGAUGUAGACUGGUGAACUAUGUCACGUGGGGCGAUGAAGACUGGUGAACUAUGUCAAGUGGGCGAUGUAGAAUGGUGAACUAUGUCACGUGCGCAAUGUAGACCGGUGAACCAUGUCACGUGGGCGAUGUAGACUGGUGAACUAUGUCACGGGAGUCACGUAAGCUAAUAAUAUCCAAAAAUGCACCGAAGACUGCUACGUAUAAUUUUGUAAGAGGUUACGAAGUGACGAAGUCUUAUGAUGGCAGGGGGUGGAGGGAGGAGAGCUCAUUUUAAUUCCAUUAAUGUGAGGUCAAAAUAAUAUUUUUUUAUUGCGUGUUUUGUGUUUGUAGUUGUUUGUGUGUGUGCGCGCGCUGUGUGUUUCGUCUGUGUGCCCUGUGUGUUUCGUCUGUUUGCGCUGUGUGUUUCGACUGUGUAGCAACGCACAAUGAAUACAUUCAUUAUUUAGCGCGAAAAUAGUAUCCUUGGCAAAACGUGAAUGGGGUUGUUGGCUACACGACUUGACCAGCACGACUCUCACUGAAGACAUGUUGGCGCCACGACUUGACCAGCGCGACUCUCACUGAAGACAUGUUGGCGCCAAGACUUGACCAGCACGACUCUCACUGAAGACAUGUUGGCGCCACGACUUGACCAGCACGACUCUCACUGAAGACAUGUUGGCGCCACGACUUGACCAGCGCGACUCUCACUGAAGACAUGUUGGCGCCAAGACUUGACCAGCAUGAUUCUCACUGAAUAAAUGUUGGCGCCACGACUUGAUCAGCACGACUCUCACUGAAGACAUGUUGGCGCCAAGACUUGACCAGCACGACUCUCACUGAAGACAUGUUGGCGCCAAGACUUGACCAGCAUGAUUCUCACUGAAGAAAUGUUGGCGCCAAGACUUGACCAGCACGACUCUCACUGAAAACAUGUUGGCGCCAAGACUUGACCAGCACGACUCUCACUGAAAACAUGUUGGCGCCAAGACUUGACCAGCAUGAUUCUCACUGAAGACAUGUUGGCGCCAAGACUUGACCAGCGUGACUCUCACUGAAGACAUGUUGGCGCCACGACUUGACCAGCGCGACUCUCACUGAAGACAUGUUGGCGCCAAGACUUGACCAGCACGACUCUCACUGAAGACAUGUUGGCGCCACGACUUGACCAGCACGACUCUCACUGAAGACAUGUUGGCGCCACGACUUGACCAGCACGACUCUCACUGAAGACAUGUUGGCGCCACGACUUGACCAGCACGACUCUCACUGAAGACAUGUUGGCGCCACGACUUGACCAGCACGACUCUCACUGAAGACAUGUUGGCGCCACGACUUGACCAGCACGACUCUCACUGAAGACAUGUUGGCGCCACGACUUGACCAGCACGACUCUCACUGAAGACAUGUUGGCGCCACGACUUGACCAGCACGACUCUCACUGAAGACAUGUUGGCGCCACGACUUGACCAGCACGACUCUCACUGAAGACAUGUUGGCGCCACGACUUGACCAGCACGACUCUCACUGAAGACAUGUUGGCGCCACGACUUGACCAGCACGACUCUCACUGAAGACAUGUUGGCGCCACGACUUGACCAGCACGACUCUCACUGAAGACAUGUUGGCGCCACGACUUGACCAGCACGACUCUCACUGAAGACAUGUUGGCGCCACGACUUGACCAGCACGACUCUCACUGAAGACAUGUUGGCGCCACGACUUGACCAGCACGACUCUCACUGAAGACAUGUUGGCGCCACGACUUGACCAGCACGACUCUCACUGAAGACAUGUUGGCGCCACGACUUGACCAGCGCGACUCUCACUGAAGACAUGUUGGCGCCACGACUUGACCAGCGCGACUCUCACUGAAGACAUGUUGGCGCCACGACUUGACCAGCACGACUCUCACUGAAGACAUGUUGGCGCCAAGACUUGACCAGCACGACUCUCACUGAAGACAUGUUGGCGCCACGACUUGACCAGCAUGACUCUCACUGAAGACAUGUUGGCGCCAAGACUUGACCAGCACGACUCUCACUGAAGACAUGUUGGCGCCAAGACUUGACCAGCGCGACUCUCACUGAAGACAUGUUGGCGCCAAGACUUGACCAGCGCGACUCUCACUGAAGACAUGUUGGCGCCACGACUUGACCAGCACGACUCUCACUGAAGACGUGUUGGCGCCAAGACUUGACCAGCGCGACUCUCACUGAAGACAUGUUGGCGCCACGACUUGACCAGCACGACUCUCACUGAAGACAUGUUGGCGCCACGACUUGACCAGCACGACUCUGACUGAGGACAUCAUCUAGUUGGUUUAGUAACGCUGCCUAACAACACACACUAAGGCUGUGGUUCCACUGGUUCAGUAUUUUACCGGAAUCCAAGACUGACACACGGUAGACGAAACAAAUACAAUAACACAACGUGAACAUGGUUACGUUUAUGCUCAGACCGCCAUCGGUGUUUCACGGAAGUGUACCAAGGAGCACCGGUCGAAAUAAGAAUAGAUUCUUUUUUUGGUCGAAAUCGUCCGACGCUGCUUUAAAAAGAAAAAAAAAAGAAUUAACAUGGUGACUUGAUAUUUUUUUUAAAGCAGUUUGAUGCACGAUGGGGCAUGGACACAGCAUGAAGAAUUUCCAAUUCCCUGCAGCGUCUUGUAUGCGGGUGAAACAAAUAUUCCCAUAGUCGUAAUUCGGUUGCUCGUGCUAUAAAGACAGAUCGCUUGUUUACCCCAAUUUAAUACAUGUUUUUGUUAGCUUUAUGAAACUGGGUCAUUUUAGUGAUGGUCCGCGAAAGUUACUUUUAAAACAAUUUUAAAAAAUCCCUGACUUUGGAAUAUUGUAAGAGCCACUGUUCCUGGAGUCCGAAAACGCAAUGACGGCCAAUGCCGGAUUUGGUUUUAAGAACAAUUAAAUAUCGUUACGGAUCAGCCGAUUUAUUUAUAAUGGGGCAAUCAGUGGCGUAGUCAGGGUUAGGGUUAGUUCUGCCCCUCUUCCGCGAAACAAAAAAAAGCAACAACUAUGCAGUGGGCGUAAAAUCCCGACCCUCCAUAUAAAAUGAAAGUGCCGCCUUAGUGCGGACCGCCCCCUCCUCACCCACAUCCUUCUCCAAUGGCUGUAAGUGUCAGUUAGCAUACACAGUUUCAUGGCUCACUUGUGAACACGAUUCGUGAAUAUUUGAAUGCCCACUGACAGAUUGCAACAACUAGUUACAUUAAUAUCUAACAUAGUUACUGGGAGACAAUUAUUUGAACAUUCCAAUGAGUUAUUUUAAUAGCUUUUUUUGUAUCCGUGUGUGGCCUUCCUUCGUGUGUUCAUUAAGUUUGAUUGAAUUUCAUGUUGAUUUCUAAUCAAAAGUCUCUAGAACCUCUCCCCUCCCCCCCCCCCGGGGUCACUGGCGUAGGAUAGGGGGAUGGCAUUUAUACGUGAAUGGGGGGAAAAGGGGGGGGGGGGGGCGUAAAAAAUCAACGACCGUCCCUGGAAUCAAAAAGCUGUAGCUACUUUAAUGCGUCGCCCCCAACUGGGUCCCAACGCAAGCAUAAAAAAAAAAAAAAGAUUAAUUAUUUCAUUUUAAAAAAGUAAAAACCAUUUUGUGUUAGGAAAUUCGUCAGUAAAAUAAUCCCACCAGGUCCUCGGGACAUUGCUUUAUCUCAAUACGUAUUAGCUAGCUACACCCACCCCCUCUCUUUUUGUCCCCACCCUUUCUACCAUAUGCCAUUGGCGGCUCGGCAAUUAUGAAGCUGAUGGAUCAAUUAAUGAGCUUGCGCAGAGGCGUGUACCCACUUGAAGUGCCGCGGUCCAUUUGAGUUCUCGUAUUUAUUUUCAACAACUUAGAUUCUUUGACUUCAUAACACGUGCCCGCGUGCUCACCGGAUGCGCUGCUGUGUUCUUUGUGGGUGGAUCAGAUCAACGUCUACACCAAUAACGCACGCGUUGGCUCUGUUUUGAUGCCCGCUUAUGUCUUUAGUACUUGGAGAUUCAGAUGAUAAAACGGUGCUACUGCUUUACAAAUUGUUUUACAAAUUGUUUACAUUGAGAUUGGUGCGAUCAAGAUGAUAAAAUACUUCUACUAUGCCAUAUAAACUGUAUUAAUAUUAUAUAAUUUUUUUUUUGCACGGUGGCUCUCGAAUUAAAAUACAAAUUUAUUGCACUUAUUGAUAAAGUACACAUCUGUAUGGCACUCUGAUUGUACUACAUUGCUCAAUAUCUGUACCGCCCGUUGAGAAGAAGCUGAUUGAAUGUGCCGUAUCGGAUUGUCUUGCAAGUAUCUUGCGGUAUAUUUAUUUUCUCCGAAAAGAUCGCUGUACACUAGCAGUUUUAACUUGAGCCUACUCGGAAUUGUGGUUCAUACCAAAUGAAAAAGGCACCGUUUUGACAUGAGUUGCCAUAUUGUUUUUUUUUAUUGCAACACGUUGCCCAUCUUUCCACCAAAGCCUCUUCAUUUAGAUAUAGCCUAAAUGAUCCAAACUGUGCGGCAUAACUCUGCUACAAUCUGAUAUAGCCAUACUUCGUUUUGAUGCUUGAAAUGUCAAUGGAUGCCUACUUGCGCUCUUAAAGAUUUGUGAAUUGUGGCUGAUGUUUGCACACAGGCCAUAAUACAAACAUCGAAUAGACACACACGCACACAGAAAGCACGAGCACAUAUCAACGAUCUUGUUGUAGUAUUACUAAUGUCAGCCCGCUGGCUCUCUGUGGUUCAAAAAGAGAUAUUGGUUAAUAUUGACUGUGUCCGUGUGUGCAUUUGUCACUAACAAUAAUAAAUAUAUUUUUGCACUGAAAGAUACAAAUACUAUGGACGCAGGGUCGUGCAUUUUUUGGCUGGGGGUUCAAAACAACUGUGUCAAACUUGUGUGAAGUUGAGACAAAAAUAAUAAUAUAAUUUAUUGAAACACUUCUUGCCCCUUUGUUUUGCAGAUUCAUCAAUGGUAUUUUUAAAAUGAGGCUUCCGCGCCAAAAGAGACUCAAUACCUAACGGGCGUCUACAAAGGGGGCGGGUGGAAGGAAGCUGCAUUCAAUUCACAUAAAUUCAACGCGUGACGCCCACAUGAUGAAAUGACAGACAUUUGGGUUUUGCUUGAGAAGAAUCCCUUGAACUGCCUUAUAGUUUCCAGCCAUGUUUGGACCAUUGUCAUAACUCUGAAUGCAGUCCUUUAAUUUAUAUAUUGUCAUAACUCUGAAUGCAGUCCUUUAAUUUAUAUAUUGUCAUAACUCUGAAUGCAGUCCUUUAAUUUAUAUAUUGUCAUAACUCUGAAUGCAGUCCUUUAAUUUAUAUAUUUCAUAACUCUGACCUCGAUAAUCCACUAAUGGAGUUUUUAGUACUAUUUUGGAAACCAAAAGGAGCCGAUAAGUAUUGCACGUUAGUGCCUUCCCUCCUAUCAAUCACGUGGAUUCCGUGCAGAAAAUAUUUUCAAAAGGGACCCGGGUCCGAAUAGCGGCGAUGCAUUUCCGGUUCCAUUUUGACUAAAUGCUAUUCGGAUGUCAUUUGUGGUAGUUUAUUUUAGUUAAACUUAAGAAGUAAGUUUACAAACAUAUAGUCCAUUCAAUUAUCUUUCAUUUGAUACCAAAUUUUGCCUUACAAACCCUACAAUAAUUUUUAAAUAUUUUUUUAAUAAACCCAAAAUCUAACUUCUCGGACCCGGGUCCGAAUAGCCACAGACUAGAAAUAUUACUAGUUUUUGAGUUGGCGGUUUAAUUUUGUAAAGCCAUAAAAAAUAUAUUAAAAAAAAAUAAUAAAAAUUAUAAAUUGGUUUGGCCUUGUUUUGUGUGAUCUUUAAAUUGCUAGGUUACGCAGUUAUGAAAAUUUUAAUCUGGCACAUAGCGUCGGCCUAUUGAUGCUCCACUUGAUGCCGGGUGUUUUAAUGCUAAAGACAAUCUCAAUUUUUGAAAUAGUUUUGUUAAGAGACUUUUGAAACUGCCCCGGUUUAUUGACUGAUGUGCGUACCGGCAACGUAAGACGCGCGGAGGACCACCGUUUGGGGAACGCCCCAACACACUAUUUUUGUACCGUAUCUCACUCUUGCUUAUAUUUGUCGCUAUGAAGCACGAACACUACCUACUUUUUGCCUUAGCAGAGGGACAAUAAUGAGAUGUGGAUGAGGGGAAAACAAUUCGGUUCCGCAGUUGCUUAUCAGUGGGCAAGAAAACAGUUCCGCCUUUGGGGACCCCUUGCGGACAGGGCCUCGACUUGCCUCAGGCUCUGAAUGUCCUUGUGUGUGCGUGUGUGUGUGAUUUAAAAAAAAAAAGGGGGGGGGGGGUUCCUGCACAAAAAAAGUAAAUAAAUAAAAUGGUUGAGAUACUGAUCGUUAGUAGUCUGCGUGGAGAGGGUUCGAAGUGACGGCUGGGAAAUAGUUGAUCUCCAUAAAGGCACAUACAUAAUUGGAUUUUAACCAGAGGCAUAUCGUUCUCGCCGUACUUUGUUUUUUUUUUUUUAAACUCAAAUUUUCUUUCUUCAACUCUCUAGCAAGACACUUACUAGAAUUGUUAAAUACAAGAUGAAGGUAUAUAUUUAUUCAAACUUGUAUAAAAAUGUGUCAUUAAAUUCAGAGGUGAUCAUCAACCUUUUCCUCAUAAAAUUGUUAGAAAAACCAUUAAAAUGUGUUUAUAUCUAUUUCAAUGAAAUCAGCAGAUUGAUAAAAACGUUGUCCUUAUGAUUAAUGAAGAAAUCCAAAAUGAUCUCAUGAAUUUUUUAAAAUGCGAAAUGAUGUGAUAUAAAUAUAAAAUACAUCAAUUCCUUCUCUCUGUAGAUGACAAAACUAUGGCACACUAUGGUUUGUUCAGCUUUCCAUUGUACGUUGUGGUUCUCGUUAUGCUAGUCCUGGCCAUUGUAUGGGGACUUGUGGCAAUUGGGUUUGCCAUCUUCAAUGUCUUUGGUCGACCUAUCGAAACCAUCACAGGACCAACCGGUCUCUAUCUAUGGAACAUUCUAGCAUGUGAGUUAACAUUAAUUUAGCACAUGUACUUGCAAAAUUUUUACAUUAACAAAACUGUGCUGUCCAGAGCCACUUGACAUUUUUUAAGUAGGCCCACCUAAUGUUAAAAUGAAAUGGUAUAAAAAUAUCAAAAUGAAAAAUUCAUAUUUAACUGGUAAAUUUUUUUUUCAAUAGAAAUGUGGUAUGAUCUUUUCAUAGUCAUGCAUUCAGUUAUAAUUUUAGGUCCCCUUUGAAAAUGAGGCACAGCUGAACACCCUAACAUUGCCUGUCACGCUGCCUGAUCACCUCAUUUUACUAACGCUUGCACUGCUCAUGGUUUCACAUAGCUAUUAAGGUUAAUGGUUUAAAUUUUGUUAACUCCUCAGGCAUUUUUGCACUGACUGCCAUCGGGUGCUAUUUGGGGCUCUAUUUUACACAGCUCAAAGUGAACAUCUUGAGACUUAAAGACCAGGACCCGUUCUCCUCUAAAGACCAUACCAAUCUUGACAUGUCAUUUUACUUUGUUGUGGGAGCUGUAGGAGCUUUCCUCUUUAACCAAUUCAUUUUGUGCUUCUCGGGACAAAAGUGUUCAUGUGACUACCACCGCUCUGGGGAGAAAGAAGUGGACAGUGGGAUGAUUCUUUACUGAUAGAUAAGCCAAUUGUGUUAGAGAGUUAAGCACUGGAGGUCAAAUUAAUUUAAAGUAUUUUUUGGUUUUGAUUAAUACAAAUGAUUAGUUCAUAUGUACAAUUAAUAACUGGAUUGUUUUUAAAUCACUAGAAUAAUUGCAUUUAUUUUGUGAUAUUGUCACCCAAGAAGGUUAAUUUAAAAUUCCUUACAGCAGACUAGGGUUGUCAGCUAUCUGUAAAUUUACAGAGAGUGUAAAAAUGUGACCUAAUAGGGCUUGUUUGUAAAAGUCCGUUAUAACUAGAGGAUGUCUGUAUAAAAUUUGACUUAAAAAAUUGAAGCAAAAUAAGGCUGAAGGUAUCAGCCUUUGUGAUUUCUUUUUGCUUGGUUUGAAAUUGUAUGACUUAAAUCAGCAGAAAUUCAACGCUGAUGAGAAUUCUGUACAAUAAAAUAACCUUAUAAAAUAUGCCCAAGCCAUAAGUAAAUAUAACAUUGUCAUAAAACAAACAAUAUUUUAAAAUUUUGUUGAACUUCAUAAGUUUAUUUUAAAAAUGUGGAGAUUUAGAAUAUUUGCCCCAAAAGUUGUUUUUUUAAUUUGCAGCUCUGCAGCAGACACAUCCAACUUAAUUUUAUUAUUUUUCAUUGAAGUGAAGGGUUUGAGAUUCUAGAUUACUUUUGUUGUAGUGGUGCUUGAUAAGCUAUUGUUAAUUGGAUUCUCUUGUGAAGUCUGCAUCAUUUAUCAGUUUAUUUAUAAAUCAUCACCUCAAGAGCAUGUAGAUUCCAUUUUCACCCUGCUAGUAUCCUGUUUGAUUUUUGAAUGGUGCAAGUUAUUGUUGGAUUGAUAUGUAACCUCUAAAUAAUGAGGCUUAGUUUUUAUUUAAGGGGUCUACCAUCAAGAAUUUAAAAAGUAGAAUUGUGUAAAAAGGGAAAAGGAAGUCUUUUUUUUGUUUUAGCCAUUCCUUCAACUGUAAGUUUGUUGAAAAGUUUUGUUACUUUGUAUUGUUUACAUGCUUUUGUGAUUUUUUCCCCGAAAUCAAUUUAAAUUACUUGUGAUCUAUACAAGUUGCAUAUGAUGUAACAAAUAAUUCCUUAAAAAAAUUUUAUGGAGUUAAACGUGAGAAUUUUGAAGCUAAAUUGUGAUUAAUUGUGUAGUCUUUGAAAUGUACAUUUGCUUUACAAUUCAUCGAUAAUCAUAUUUCAUUCUUUAUUUUUUUAUUGUGUAACAAUAUUAACAUUCCAACCUGUAAAUAAUUACUGGAGCACAUCUCAAGACAUGAGACUGCUUAUGAUGCAAAGAUUUUGUUUUUAAAAAACUAGAGUAAUUGAAACUUAAAAUAGCCAUACAUGAAAUUUAUAAAAAAAAUAAAUUAUAAUAAAGCUUGAAAUGUGUAUUUAGGGAGAAAUUUUGGAAUAAACAAAAAUAUUCAUUACAAAUUUCUACUUUACUUUGGUAAACUUAUUUUAGAAGAGAUUGGUAGACUGGCUAGACAGAUUAGUAAAAAAAAAAAAAAAAGAUAUCUGUAAAAAAUAAAAUAAAAAAUUAAAUUUAAAAAAAUAAAAAAUUUUUGAAUAAACAAAAAAAUACAUUAAAAAUUUAUAAUUUACUUUGGGAAAAUUAAUUUAAAAGAGAUUGGUAGAAUGGCGAAAAAAAAUAAUAAAAAAAAAAAAAAAAGAUAUCUGGAAAAAAUAAAAUAAAAACUUAAAUUUAAAAAAAUAAAGCCUGAAUUUAUGUCUAUUUGAAAAAAAAUAAUUAUCUACAGGUAAAUUGUACAAAAUUCUGUAUAAAUAUGAUUCUUUAAUGUAAAAAAUUCAAGAUUGAUAUCCAUUUACAAUCUAUUUAAUGUUUCAGACUAUGUUCUGUUUUUUAUACAGAGCUACAGAACAUAUCAUCUUAUAUAUAUAUACUUUGUAAUAUCCUAAGGUUGUGUUUACUUUAUUACUUAUAUAUAUGCACUAGUAAAGCGUUUACAUUUUUUGUGAAAUAUGUAUCCAUUUUUAAAAUAUUUUUGAACAUUUUCUCACAAGAUCAUUUGUAUUGUUAUUUAAAGAAAUCAGUUAAGCAAAUUCUAUUUUUAAAAUAAUUUUUGUGUAUCACUUGUUGGUAAAAAUUCCCUGUGUAUAUAAGAUAUUUAAAUAAUUAAAAUACCAGUAGGCAAUUAAAAAAAUUAUUGUUACAAAUUAUUUGUUAAUAUUAUAUUUCAUUCUAUAUAUCUUUUCCAAAUAAUCUUUGUGUUAAUUUCUUAACCAAAAGAUGGUCAUUUUUAGUUUUAAAAUUGUUUCUAAUGACAAUACCAGCAGCAAUACCACAAUACCAGCAGAAAUAACACAAUACCGGCAGAAGUCAUUGGCCGAUUACUUAAAAUUUACAGAAUUUGGAUCUGAUUGACAGGUAUAUAGGUGUGAUUGCCUAAUUUGCUGCUCAAUAGUUACAUGUGUGAAUCUUACCAUGUACCAAAUUUAAAUUGUUUCAUGUAAUUACUAAACAUUCCAGAGACGAAGUGCAUUUUGUAGAUCUUUCAUAUUUGUUUGAGAAUAAAUGAGCUUGUUGCUGUAACAUC